AUGGACGACCAACGAGGGCCGCGAGUAGCGCAUGCGCUACUGACACAGGCAGCGACACGGGCACAUGCUACGCCAUCGCUGCUCGAUGACAUGGCUGCGGUGACUCAUGUGGAUCCCACCGAGGCACCUGCGUGGGCUCACGUCCUCCUCGAGGCGGUAGCUGGUCGUGCGCGGGAUGUGGCCGUGGUCAUGGGAUUCGUGUGCCUGUCGCAAGUGCCGUUAGCGACGGCGCUCGUGGACCAAGGCGUCAUGGAUGCCGUAUUGGCACAUGCAGAAUGUGACGAAGAUGCCUGUGCAGCGGCGCACAUGCUUAGUGAAGGUGCAUCCCAUGCGCCGCUGCGGUCUCAAUUGGCCGCUCGAGAGGCAGUCACACAGUGGCUUGCCUCCCAGUCAGAGGCGAGUGCACCGCUACGUGCUAUUCUCGAUCUCGUGCACAUCAAGCUCGCUAUACAGACCGACAAGGUCUUGCCAGACGACGUAUGCUGCGCUGCAUGGACGUCAACCGUGUCGUUUCUAGAGACCACGCCACCUCCGGCGCAGGUUUCGGUGCCUCUGUAUUUUGAGCCGGCGUACACGGCGUAUGGAGACGCACUUGAAUCGCUCUACUACCUCGUAUCGCGACCCGCCCUGCGCGUCGCCCUCAGCGAGCGAGCAGCCAUGCUGCGAAAACUGGGCGCACUCUUAGACAUGCCCAAAAAGUCGCUUUUUCCGGCGCGCAACGCUUCUGGCCCACAAGUGUCCGUAUACAGUGAUAAGGACGCUCCUGCACCACUUGCUCCUGCGCAUGCGUUCGUGAUUGUGUCGAUUCUCACGACCAUGACAGCAUACCUGCCGCAGCGCAGCGCACAGGACCACCACAUCCAUGCUCUUCGCCGCUCGGCGAUGCAGAAGGCGGGGCAGGACGUGCAAGAUGACGAUGCCGAUGAACGACUCCAGCCCACUGCUGUCCAGCGCCGUGUACGUGCCCUGGUGGAUGCGGACAUUGUGCCACGCCUCGUCUCUCUCGCGACGCAGCCGCAGCCUGACCAGCUGCGUCAAGCACUGCAGUCUUUGUUCCUCGCGCUUGUGACCGAACAGGAUGCGGCGUUUCGUGGGCGUCUCAUACAGCAGGGUCUCAGCCGAGCGCUGCUGGCCCAGGCACAACAUGUUUAUACCCAGGAGGAGACCGACAACUUGUUGCCGCUACAAGCUCUGGCUAAACUGAGUGUGUCCACAGAUCCAGCGCUCUUGUAUGGCUUAGACGGCACACCUGCGCGUGCAGCAGCAUACCUUGCCGUCUUAUUUCUCGCACCCUCCGCGACGCUGCUGCAGGUAUUCGAGGCCACAUUGGCGCUCACGAACCUCGCCAGCAUGUCGCCCGCGAUGGCGUCGUGCGUCGCACAUGCCAAGUGUGCGUCCUCUGAACAUGCAGAUGUGCAGGCGGCCAUUACACCUAUGUUUCUGCAGUAUGAAUCAGACAUGUUCCGGUGCGCGCUGCUCGAGCUGCUGUGUAACCUCGCUCAGGAUGAAUCGACGUUUAUCUACUGGUCUGGUGAGGACCAAGCUUCGUCCGACGAUUCGUCAGACGAAGUAUUGCGGCUGCAUACGCCGUAUGGACGUAUCCGGUUUCUCCUGACGCUCCUAGACGUCUCGGAUGAGCAUGUGCCGCUCCUCAAGGCCGUCACGGGCCUGUUGGCCACGCUGUCGUCCUCCCCUGCAACAUGCGAGCUACUAGUUCGCAUGCCGCCCGAGUCCGUUCACGCCCUGGUGGAUGUUCUCACGUACUCGUACGCCUCACCUCUGGCCACGUACGAGCUAGCUCUCCGUGUGAUGACGAUCAUUUCGAGCCUCACGCAGUAUGCCGCCUGGCUGGGUCCGUCGCGCUCCGACCAAGUCCGUCCAUGUCUUUCGCACCUGCUUCCUGCUGUACGACAAUUUGUGCAGGCACAGCACAAGGCAACGUCUAUGGAGCCACUACAAAAACAGGUACUUGCCGUCGCCCUCGACAUCUUCCAGACGAUUACUUGA